CCCAAGUCACUAAAGUUGAUGCCAAAUACCAACACAUAUAGACAUAUAUAAACGUAUGGUCGAAAACUACUUAUAGAGUUGCACAAAGAAAAAUAGUUUGGUUGGUCGUAUUUUCAAAAUUUAAAACUCAUUUUUGUGUUCACUCAACCAGAAAAAAAAAUCAUAUUGAAUUUAUCUCCAGACUUCAAAGUUUAUAUCUAUUUGUUUUCUCUCAACCCAAAAGAAGAAUCAAGAAAGCAAAGAAAAAAAUGGGUGUUCUUGAUCACGUCUCUGAAUACUUUGAUUGCUCCUCCCAUGGUAGCUCCAAGAGACACAAAAGUCUACAGACGGUGGAUGUGAGGGUUUUGAUAGACUGUGAAGGGUGCGAGAGGAAAGUGAGAAGAGCCUUAGAAAGAAUGAAAGGAGUGAGAGAUGUAACCAUCGAGGCCAAUGCUCAGAAAGUGACUGUGGUUGGUUACGUUGAGCCAAACAGAGUGGUGGCUCGGAUCAUUCACCGGACCGGUAAAAGAGCUGAGCUUUACCCUUUUGUUCCUUACGACGUUGUGGCUCACCCUUACGCGUCCGGUGUCUACGAUAAUAGAGCUCCGGUUGGGUACGUUAGGAACACCGAGUAUGAUCCACAUGUAUCGCGGCUCGCACGUGCUAGCUCCACUGAAGUUCGUUAUACCACGGCGUUUAGCGACGAGAACGCCUCCGGUUGUGUGAUUAUGUGAUUUUAUUUGUUGUUCCUUUUGAUUUUAUUUUUCUGUGUUGAUGUGUUUUCGAUAAUUGAAUUUUGUUUGUUUGUUUGUUCAUGUUGGUAUGUAAUGUAUAACUAACACCGAGUUAAAAAUGUA